AUGACGAAGCGCAUGAUGCUCACGGCAAAGACGCUGCUACUUGUCAGCGUGGGGACAAAACAUUCCACCGUCCCAUUGGUACCUGAUGGGCCGGCAGCCGAAGAGGAACCCAAAGGCGCCGAGGAGGUAAGCGGCAAUGACGAGAAACAUCAAGAUGUGUACGACGGUAUUGAAGCCGCGAGACGUCGGGAAGCGAAGGUAGAAACGGAGAAUCGACGUCUUGAUGAAAAGAAUCGCGAGAUUCCCGGUGAUGGCGAUGGGGAGGAUGUUGAGCUGGAAGCUGCUCAGCCCCUGUGCGGCCAAAUAGGCGCGGUGAUAGCCCAAGCCAUGGUUGGUUACUGUAAGGACAAGGCUGGGUGCCAGGGAUUCGGAAUUGUCGGCAUCAACAACAACUCGGGUGUCAUUGCUCAUGGCGGUGGCUUCAGGGGCGUCGGAAGCCUCCUCGCACUCUGGGUCAGCGUCAUACGCGCUGCGCACGAGGAUGUCGACUUGGAGUCGGGUGAUAACGGUGGGAAGCUGACUGGCGACUGA